AUGACAUUAUGUGUGGUUGAUAUAGAAUCACCAUAUAACAUGUUGUUGGGGAAACCAUGGGUACAUGCGAUAAAGUAUGUAGCGUCAACAUUACAUCAAUCCAUCAUAUUCCAAACCCCAAGUGGAAUAGGCAAAAUUAAAGGAGAUGUUAAGAGUGUGAAGAUCUGUAACCAAGUAGAUGUAAGAAACUAUGAGGGACGUGCAAGGAAGCGAAAAGAUCGCUGGAGAAAAGCGAAAGCGUUAAAGAAGGAAGAAGAAUUACGGAUAUACAUGAUCAGAGCAAAGGAAGGAAAAGGAAUUCCAAGCGAAAUACCAGAAAAGGAGGUUGAACCGAUUCAAGAGAUAAAUGAGUCCACAACAAUGGGAGAUCCAAUGGAGAAUUUCACUGCAGCAGAACCAACAAAGGAAAUAAAUGAGAUGCCAGGAAUAGAUCCAUCUGUCGCAUGCCACAGACUAGAUAUUAAAAAGAACGUGCGGACAUUUAAGCAAAGGAUAAGGAAGAUAGCAACCACAUAUCACCCUCAAAUAAAAGCAGAAUUACAAAAGAUGUUGGAGGCAGGGAUUAUAAGACCAGCAAAAUAUCCGGAAUGGAUAGCAAAUAUGGUGGUAGUUCCAAAUAAGAAUAAGGGAAUAAGUAUUUGCAUAGAUUUCAGUGACUUAAAUAAAGCAUGUCCAAAAGACAGUUUUUCGUUACCAGAUAUCCCCCAAAUGGUAGAAUCGGCAUCAGGAAAUGGUAGACUCUCAUUAAUGGAUGGGUAUAAAGGUUAUAAUCAAAUCCCUUUGGCUGAAGAAGGUCAAGAACAUACGAUGCGAAAAUACAAUAUCAAGGUAAACCCAAAAAAAUGUGUCUUCGGAGUAUCAUCAGGAAAAUUUUUGGGUUACAUAGUACCCAAGGAGGGAAUAGAGGUUGAUCUAGAAAAAGUACAAGCAGUUCGAGAUAUGCCACCGCCUGCAACGGUGAAAGAUGUUCAGAAGCUAAAUGGACUGAUAGCUUCGUUGGGAAGGUUUAUUUCACGUUCUUCGGAUAAAUGCAAACACUUUUUCAAUACAUUAAAGAAGGGAACAAAGUUUGAAUGGACAGAGGAAUGCGACAAGGCACUACAGAGCAUAAAAAAUUACUUAAUGAAUUUAUCAAUUAUUCAGAAGGCGAAGCCGGGAGAGGAAUUGCUAUUAUAUUUGGCAUCGACGCCGCACGCGUUAAGUGCAGUUUUGUUACGUUCAGAUCAAGGAGUAGAGAAACCUAUAUACUAUAUAAGUAAAACGUAUAAUUCCACAGAGAAAAAUUAUUCAAAGAUCGAAAAAUUGAUUCUCGCACUGGUUUAUGCGUCAUUCAAACUUCGCAUUUACUUUCAGGCUCAUAAGAUUAAGGUGUUAACAAAGGUACCAUUAGAGCCUACAAUGAAGAAUUCAAAAAAUUCAGGGAGAAUUGAAAGAUGGAAUGCACAAGUGGGGAACUUUGAAAUCAAUUAUGAGGUAUUAUCUUCACCUAAGUCACAAGUCAUCGCAGAGUUCCUAGCAGAAUUUCCAUUGAAAGAGGAUGAAUAUGUCGAAGAAAUGAUGACGUAG